GGUUACAGCACUACAAAUAACGCUGUAGAACGACGCUAAACCUUAUUCGCGUAAGCACAAUUUUUCAGAACAUGAAAAGCUUCCUUGAACCUAUAAACGUUCUAGCUACAGCGAUCGCAUUCUAACACACCCGUUCAUACUUUCGAUCCGCAAGGAAAGCGUCCGCUCCGAAUCCAUCAAUGGCAUUUGUCCAAGAUCCCUCAACCAUGGCCGAAUCUCAACCCACAUCCUCCUCUACAAACCCCCCACCAGCAUCUCCCACCACGGCAAUAGAUUCUUCACUUUUCUCACAACGAUCGCGGCGUCAGUUUGGUCUAUUCAUGGGUGGGGCAGCGUUCGUUGGUCUUUCGGCUUUCGUCACUCGCAGAGCACUCGUACGGAAAUAUAAGAUGAUGCUGCCAAAAUUCUACACACCUAGCAAUCGGGUUCAUGAAGUGGAUGGAUCUAUGGAGGCAUUGGAAGCACUCAGUGUAGCGACUAUAAAUGUGGCCAGUAUCAGCGUAAUGCUCAGUGGAGGACUGCUAUGGGCUUUCGACAUUUCGACGGUCGCUGACCUGAGGCAAAGAUAUCGGGCAAAGAUGGGAUUGCUCGCUCAAGAAACAAACCCAGAGGACGAGAAACAGAUGGAGGAGUGGGUAAAUGCAAUGAUGGUCAGAUUGAAUAUCGAUCCCAAGGAGUAUUCUGCUGAGAAGGGCGAGAAGGGAGAUAACACUCUCGGAGGGGCCGGUGAGCAGUUGGAUGAUGGGACGGAACAGUCUAAGAAACCAUAGAGUCAGAACGGGUUCGGCGACCACAAUACAAUGGACAUUGGUGGAUGCUGAAAUGACGGCAGGGAAACCCUUCAAAAUAAAGGCAGCCAGUAAAGCACCAGAGAAAAACACCCCAGCUUAAACCAAGCACAGGCGGGGCUGAAACACAUUUGCGGUAAUUGGCGCGAAUACAUGAGAAACA